AUGUGGGCAGGAGGAGUUGGACAGUUUACCGCAGUACCUAUAUAUAGUGAAGAGGAGGAUGAUGAGAUUAUAAGAAGUUCAGAGGAAAUGUCAUGUGAUUGGUUUCUGGAAAUAUACUUACGCCACUGUGAUUUAGAAAAGACCACCGAUCGUGUCAAACAAUUCAAUUCUUUAUACAAAUGCCUUCUUCCAAACACUUCAGUUCUUUUCGAAGACGAGGAAACGUUGGCUGAAGUAGAGGACUUGAUAUAUAAAGACGAAAACGGUAUGACUGUGCCAGAAUGGUUCAAAAAUAUGAGUAAUGAACUACACAAAUUUGCCGAUAAGGCAAUUAGUUACCGGUAUUUUGCCAAUGAAUUCCGAAAUAUUAGAAUUUUAACUUCACUUCAAGGACCAUUCUUAAAAAAUAUUUUCGAUACAUUAAGUGAACAAUGGAAGGAAUAUGCAAAUUUUGGAUCAGUUAGAAGAAAGUUCAUAGCCUAUUUUGUGGAAGACUAUCUAAUCUUUACAAUGUUACAUGCGCUUGGAUGUGGAAAAGCUGCUUUGGGUGAAAGUUAUCCCAAAUAUAGUGCAAUACUAAUGUUGGAAUUGUACAAAAGAAAUGAAGAACCAGUUGUAAAAUUACUUUACAAAGAGAAAACGAUGAAUGAUCCUGUGGACAUCACCCGUAACGUACGAGGAUGCUGUUCUACACCAUGCGAUCUUAAGAAAUUAGCAGAAUAUUGCUCGGACAUUAUGAUUGAUUAUGACAAUAGAUGCGGUUAG